AUGGAAAAGACAGCAGAAACUAAGAAACAUGACGAUCAUAUGGAAAAGAAGCAUAAGAAAGAAGAGAAGAACGAGGGAGAAGAUCAUAAGGAGGAAAAGGAGAAGAAGAAAGAUAAGGAAUAUAAGGAUAAGGAGGAUAAAGAAGAUGGUGGAAAGGAGAAGAAAAAGAACCCUGAAGAUAAGAAGAACCAUGAGAAAUUGAGGGCUAAGCUUGAAAAGAUAGAAUCCAAUAUACAGGAUUUAACCCAAAAGAAAGAAGAAGUUCUAAAACUCCUCGAAGAAGUAGUGAAAGCUGCUGCCGCUUCUACUGACAGACCAAGUGGCUGA